UCCCCACCUUCCCCUCCUGCAUCCACCCACUCCCCACUCCGCCAAGAAACAGCAACAGCCACACGCCCACGCGCACACACCAGAUCGUCGACAGCGAUGGCAGCGGCAGCGGGAACGAGGGAGGAGAUGGUCUACAUGGCGAAGCUGGCGGAGCAGGCCGAGCGGUACGAGGAGAUGGUCGAGUUCAUGGAGAGGGUCGUGGCAGCGACGGGGACCGGCGAGCUCAGCGUCGAGGAGAGGAACCUGCUUUCAGUAGCGUACAAGAACGUCAUCGGGGCGCGUCGUGCUUCCUGGCGCAUCGUGUCCUCCAUCGAGCAGAAGGAGGAAGGGCGCGGAGCUGCGGGGCACGCCGCCGCGGCGCGCGGGUACCGCGCACGUGUCGAGGCCGAACUCUCCAACAUCUGCGCGGGGAUCCUCCGUCUCCUCGACGAACGCCUAGUCCCCGCCGCCGCCGCCGUCGAUGCCAAGGUAUUCUACCUGAAGAUGAAGGGAGACUACCACCGCUACCUCGCGGAGUUCAAGUCGGCCGCCGAGCGCAAGGAUGCCGCCGACUCCACCCUCGGUGCCUACCAGGCCGCUCAGGACAUAGCCAUGAAGGAGCUGCCACCGACUCACCCCAUCAGGCUGGGCCUCGCGCUCAACUUCUCUGUGUUCUACUACGAGAUCCUCAACUCGCCUGAUCGCGCGUGCUCGCUCGCCAAGCAGGCUUUCGAUGAAGCCAUUGCUGAGCUGGAUUCCCUCGGGGAAGAUUCCUACAAGGACAGCACCCUGAUCAUGCAACUUCUCCGUGACAAUCUCACCUUGUGGACCUCUGAUAUGCAGGAUGACGCUGGCGAUGAAACGAGGGAUUCAAGCAAGCCUGAGGAUGAGCAGUAGUGAAGGGUCCUAGCUACUGCGCUCUUUCUCUCUUAACCUUCGGGUAGUUAUGAUGCUUGUACAAGGACCAUUUUCGUUUGUCCUUUGUCGCUGGAUCUUUUACCUACCCUUUCUUUGGUUAUAUUGUUUUAUACAUCGCCGGCCACGUGCAUGAUUUUACCUUCCAACUUGAAUCCUGCGCCUGUAUGCACGGCUUCCUUAAGAAUUCAACCACAGGGUUGUCAACUCUUGCCUCCUAUAAUCAAACGACUAUGCAUGUUCGGCGUUUAA